CGCUGCUAUUAAGAUUUGACAACCAAUGGCCUGCCAAAAAUAUUUCAUAUUUUGUUUGGACCUCCUCGACUACAUAAGUAGAUCAUCAUGUUCUUAUCAACUUCUUCGUAAUCUAGAAAAAAUCAUUCAGAAUCAACUUCAGCAUUGUGAUGCUGACCAUCCAAAACCUGCAAUUGCAAACAUUAGAGCACUGUUCUCUGUGUAACGGUCUGUCGGUUUAAACAGUGCUGCUGGCCAAUUUGGUCCGGAAAGAAUCUUCUUCUAAACUCUUCUUGGCUCGUGAAAGUGCUGUUGCUUGACUUCAUUGCACACGCCCUCGUGAGCUCAGUCUUACUUACAUCGUCAUCGUUACACAUUGCAGCGUAUCGGAAAGACUCGAGAUAUCAGUUCAUUUGCCGACUGACGACUGGUAACUUCUCCUCGGCCCAAGCGUAGAUUGAAAAAAAUGAGAGAGUGCAUUUCUGUUCAUGUUGGCCAAGCCGGUUCCCAAAUGGGCAAUGCCUGUUGGGAGCUCUAUUGCCUGGAGCAUGGAAUUCAACCGGACGGUCAAAUGCCAUCGGACAAAACCGUGGGAGGGGGAGACGAUUCGUUCAAUACGUUCUUCUCCGAAACCGGGGCCGGAAAGCACGUCCCGAGAGCUGUUUUCGUGGAUCUCGAACCUACUGUGAUUGAUGAGGUUCGAACUGGAACGUAUCGACAAUUAUUUCACCCCGAACAAUUGGUGACCGGAAAGGAGGAUGCGGCCAACAACUACGCACGAGGUCACUACACGAUUGGGAAAGAAAUCGUGGAUUUAGUCUUGGACCGCAUACGGAAGUUGGCCGACAAUUGCACCGGUCUUCAAGGCUUCUUGGUGUUCCACAGUUUUGGGGGUGGUACCGGAUCAGGAUUCACGUCGCUCUUGAUGGAGAGACUCUCGGUUGACUACGGGAAGAAAUCCAAACUUGAAUUUUCCAUUUACCCAGCUCCGCAAGUGGCCACUGCCGUGGUCGAACCCUACAAUUCCAUCUUAACAACGCAUACCACACUGGAACACUCCGACUGUGCCUUCAUGGUCGACAAUGAGGCCAUCUACGACAUUUGCAGGCGUAAUCUAGACAUCGAAAGACCCACGUACACGAACUUGAAUCGCCUGAUUGGUCAGAUCGUGUCCUCAAUAACGGCGUCAUUGCGUUUUGAUGGAGCUUUGAAUGUCGAUUUGACCGAGUUUCAAACGAACCUUGUGCCGUAUCCGCGUAUUCACUUUCCAUUAGUCACCUAUGCUCCAGUCAUUUCGGCCGAGAAAGCGUAUCACGAGCAACUCUCCGUGGCUGAAGUGACCAAUGCUUGCUUCGAGCCCGCCAACCAAAUGGUGAAAUGCGAUCCCAGACACGGCAAAUACAUGGCCUGUUGUAUGCUCUACCGAGGGGACGUCGUGCCCAAGGACGUGAACGCUGCCAUUGCAACCAUCAAGACGAAGCGAUCGAUUCAGUUCGUGGAUUGGUGUCCCACUGGGUUUAAAGUAGGUAUUAACUAUCAACCCCCGACUGUUGUUCCGGGAGGAGAUCUAGCCAAGGUCCAGCGAGCUGUAUGCAUGUUGAGUAAUACAACGGCCAUUGCUGAAGCUUGGGCCCGAUUGGAUCACAAAUUUGAUCUAAUGUAUGCCAAACGAGCAUUUGUUCAUUGGUACGUUGGCGAAGGCAUGGAAGAAGGAGAGUUUUCCGAGGCUCGCGAAGAUCUGGCGGCUCUGGAGAAAGACUACGAAGAAGUUGGGAUGGAUUCUUUGGAUGGAGAAGACGAGGAGGGCGAGGAAUAUUAAUGCACCGGAAAGUGAUGAAGAUCGCCUGUUCCUCCAAACAAGAAACAAUACCGUUCACAAUGUAUACACCGGAUUAUGUACACUAUCAAGAAUGCAUUUCUGGAAUGCAAAACAAUCCAACUUCGAAGUUCCUCAUUUUCUGGUCCAUAAUUUGGAUCCCAAUGGAUUGAAAGUUUUGUAAAUUUGUUCAACAGUAUGAACAUUUACCCAGAUCUGAGCUUUGUUCAAUCACGGAUUAUGUUCUAUUUCUAUGGUUAAUAAAAGUUCAAUCGGCA